AUGGAGAACGCUGAAGAACAUCAUUGCAUCACAGGAGAUGAGGCUCGACAAAUUGCCAUCUUUUUUACCGAUGCGACGGAAAGUCGUCCUUUUACUAUCAAACAACUUAGAGACGGUUCGCGUAUACUGACCAACGAGCUACCCGUUGAUCGGGAGGAAAUUUGCAAUCCAUUCAAGUUUCCCCAUCAUACUGCCGUGUCUCGUAAGUGUUGUGCAAAAGGGGAUAGUGAUGAUGGAUACAAGGAGAAUCCGUUCAAAUCUCAACUUGAUUUCCCGUGCUGUGUCUUCUUGGGUAUCACAGUUGAAAGUUAUGGGACUUUUGCCCUUCGCAUUGACGUAAUCGAUGUGAACGACAACCCUCCUCGAUUCAACCUACUGCCAGAGUUUACUCUGAGUCGUGCUGGUAAUGAUUUUCCAGGAGCAUUCGAUCUAGACGAAGGCAAGAAUGCUGACUUGCUGUUCCAUGUAGAGAAGAAUAGCCCACUGGAAGCUUGGGAACAACAUUUUAAGUUACUGUCCGGACCAGACGAUCGUUGCAUCACAAAUUCACUUACUGAGUCACCACAAAGGGAUGGGACAUUUCCAGCUCUGUGUCUUCUUGGAACAAUUGACAGAGAAACUGUCAGUGGCUUUACCUUUGAUUUAAUCGCAAGAGAUCAAGGCGAACCCAUGGCUUUAACAACCACUCUCUCAAUGUCAAUUGUUGUUUUGGAUGAAAAUGACAACGCACCGACUUUUAAGCAGAGUGAAUUCAAAGUUUUUGUGAAGGAGAAUGAAGUUGGCAAGACUUUGGUCCAUCUACGCGUCACCGACUUAGAUUCGGGUGAGAACUCGCGUCUGAGUUACUCUCUACGACCUGGCGGUCAUUUUGCGACAAAUCAGAAGCCCCCCAAUGAGUUCCUUCUAAUGCAUGUCCUCGCCUCUCCAGCUCCAGAUGGCGUUGUCCUUCGACUUAUACAACCCCUGGACUACGAGGCUGUCAGCUCUUUUGACUUUGAGGUGGUGGUUCAGGACCAUGGAACACCACGGUUAGCUUCCACUGCUACGGUUUCUGUGGAAGUUCUCAAUACCAAUGAUCAGCCACCAGUUAUUCGAUUUUUUAACAAGGGUAAUUUACUCAACUUUGACUAUGCCAGUCUUGAACGGGAAGAAGAUACGGACGACCAGUCGCCUAAGGUCAUUUGCCACGUUCAUGUCCACGAUCAGGAUACUAGUUUGGAUGAGGUUUUUUGUGAAAUUAGCUCGCCUCAACGACUGUUUGAUCUGCGUGAAGUAAGGAGUGAGAAUACAAUACAACGAAGGAAGGUUUACGAGAUGAUAAGUUUGGCUCAGUUGGAUAGGGAAAGGGCGCCCAGCUACUUAGUUAAUGUUCGUUGUGUUGACGGACGAACAGCCACACGAUUAAUUGGACAAAGUCAAGUACGUAUCAUCCUUAAGGAUGCAAAUGAUAAUCCACCAUUGUUUGAAAAAGAUCAAUUCUUUGGAACGGUGGGAGAGAAUGAGGCGAAUGCUCUGGUAGAUUUCAGGGACUCAUUUAUCAAUUAUGGCCAAUCUUCUACGCAAUAUGUGAGUACAUCCCACAUUCAUGCAACUGAUGCAGACGUCGGACCGAACGCUGCAAUAAACUAUUCACUUGCUCCUUGGAAUCGUGAAGGAGAUACUAAUUCGACAAUAUCAAAAAAGGAGGAUUACGAGUUCUUUCAUAUUGACAGAAUCACUGGACAAUUAAAAACACGUGUACCAUUGGAUUUUGAAGCGAAAUCAUCGUACUACCUACUAGUGGUUGCUACUGAUCAACCUCUGAACGCCUCACAGGCUCUUUCCUCCACAGCAAAGCUGAUAAUUACGGUAAAAGACUUGGAUGACAACCCACCCACAAUGCUGCACCAAAAUUACUCCUUUGAGGUGACAGAAAGCAUGCCAAGUCACACUAUCGUCGGUCGAGUUGAAGCCACUGAUGCUGACAGUCUGCCCGAGAAUCGUAUCAUCAGCUAUCAACUGCGGACACCCACCGUGCCUCUGCCAGGUGAUGACAGUGCUGUCUCCUCUGCAGCUGCUAGUGCCACAACUUCGACUGCUUCUACUACUGCUGCCCUUCACUUCUUCACUAUUGACAGGCUAGUUCGGCUUAUUCUACUUGAUUUACUGCCUGAUUCAACUGUUGUUAUCACCAUCCUGGAUAAAAAUGACAACGCGCCCUAUAUGGUUUCACUGGCUUCACCAGAUAAAAAAAGAGUCCCCCUUGCUGAGGUGAUUAUUCCUUCGGACAAACUUCAAGGUAGACCGCCCAUUUGCGUUCCCUUUCCUUAUGCAUUCACCGAUGAUGACGAAGAGUUCAGCGGUAAUGGAAAUGCCACUGUAAGUCUGGACAGCAAUCCAAACUUUGAACUCAGUGAGGACCGAAGCAGACUAUGCCUUAAGGUGGAUAAUAGGAAGGGUAAGAAGAAAUCUAUAACACCUCCACCCCCCGGUCAGUAUUCGUUGAAUCUGCUGGCUCAGGACAACCCCAAGGAGAUCAUCCACCGACUAACGAAGCGAUUUCCCCUACGUGUGAUUAUUCAAAGCCCUCUGCAGGAUUUCACUACAUCACUGGGUACACCGAGGCACCAAGAGUCGGUAUCAUUAUUUAAGUCGUCACGAAUGGUGGAGGAACCUGUGAAGCGACAGCCAGGGAAGUCAACUGCAGCAGGUCGCAUCCUUGGUACAAUUCAACGACCAUCUUCUACAACAUCCAACCGAGGUGUAGGCAGUAGUUGGGAGCACAGAAAUGUUACAGUUAUUGCCGUUUUAGUGUGUAUGGCUUGCAUCCUCUGCGUUAUCCUCUUGGCUAUUCUUCUCUUCAUGAAGAAGUGUACACAUAUGAAAAAUUUCAUCGUCAAAGAUCAUCACCGACCUCAAUCGCAGACAAGUGGUCUUAACGCUCCAAUCUCCGUGACACUGCACGACCUUUCCCCUAAGGCUGGAAAAUUUACUACCAUUGGUCGUUAUCCUCCCUUCAAAACGGAUCUCUAUCCCUGUAUUGACAUCCAAUCCCAAAUGCUAGUAACAGUACCGCCUGGAUCGGAGAAUAGUUUCACCAUAUCGCCAACCGGACAACUUAUGGGAAGCGCGGUUUACACUGACGAUGCUAGCCAAAUGACCCCUCUUCUUACUCAAAAGAACAAUCUCAUGAUACCUGCUUGUCAUGGAGAUAGCUUACAAAAGGUUUCUUUCGGUCCCAUUUAUGGGACCGCCUGUGUGUCUGGGCCACGUCCUCCCACUGCGUCUGUCGCCAAGUCGUCCAUGUGCUCUAUUCCCCUUGUGGCUCAGUAUGCCUCCCAGACUCCAGUAACCACCACAUCACCAUCUAGAACCCAAACGUAUAGCGCUCUUCUUCCCUCAAAGUCAUACAAUGAAUUGCUUCACUGCUCUUCAACGAAAACUAGUACUCUUGGUCGUCAACAGCAACAGCCAUUGCUAGCUGCCUACAACAAUGUUGGAAAGAAAUAUCAAGAGGACUACCAGAUCCCAUCGGCACAGACAGCUGCUCCUGAUGACCUCAAUUCUGCUUCCCUGAACUACAAUUCAACUGCUUCCUUCACUCCUCUUCAGCUGACUCCGUCCUCUAGCCGAUCACCCUCUCGUGGAAUAGCACGAAAUUCGGAACCUCUGCAGCCCCUUCAGCCCCAUGCCCCGAUUACCAUCUCACACACAUUUGGCAAGUGUGGCACACACACACACGUGCUCCCUCUCUCUUCCUCGCCUCCUCACACACGCGCUCGUCUUUUGGUGGGACUGCAGCACACGCGAAAGCUUUUAGACCACCUCACUCCCGCCCUCCCUCCCUCCCACCUAAACCGCCUCCCACUACCGCCGCCAGUGCCGCCGCCGCUACCGCCGUCUCUGCGACUCAGGCCACGAUUAGCAGUGCCUUCCCAUCUGGACGAACUAAAUGGCGCCGCCGGUUGUUGUGCUUUAGGCAAACAACCGAACCUAGCUCUUGGACACCUCUCCCUUUCCAUCCCACUUUUGUCUCCCAAAUGUCCAUUCUAUUUCGCGCCUAUUCGUGUCCACAAAAAGGCCUUCCUAAAGUGGCUCUAG